CACGGUCGAAGACUAAGCAAAGGCAACACAGAGAGCAUGACAGGGAAGAGGCGGGCCCUCCAGACCACGCCAACGUCUAAGACUUGCCGCACACGGAAACGCGCCAUCCGAUCGCCCCUUCGAUUAAGCGGAAGAGGCACCGAAGAGGCACGCAACAUUGGGUCGAAUCUUCGCUCCUUCUUUCGCUCAACACACGAUGGCACCCACGAGUUUUAGCGAACGAAUCCACCCAGGGGAGCCCUUGGAUUUUCUCUGCCCUCGUCCACCACCUUGAUCCACCCUGUGGUUACCCCAGUUCAGAGCCCGUAUCCGAUUUGCAACGACUUCUCCCCUCAAUCCGGCAUCGCGGCGGCGGGUGAUACUUCAGUCUCACUCGGUGGCACUGCUCUAAAGCCCUCAGAUGGAAGAGGCAAGGUUUAGAGUGCUCAUGCUCGACAUUUUAAAGCUACCCCACGGUUCGCUCUCGACGUCUUCAAUCCCGCUGCGGCUUUCUUCUGGAACAGAGUUCAUUAGGAAGGAAAGACCUAAAGCCGCCCACCGGCGAAAUCCACCCUCAUUACGUGGUGACUUCUUCCUCUCAACACUACAUACACCCACCACAGUCUUUCGUCCGGCCUCACUGUUCGUCGGCGAUCGUCGAAUCUCGAACAUUUUCCAUUCCUUUGGUCUUUCAAUAAUUCCACCGUGGUGAACGACAUCCUGCCUGCGCCGCGGGCAACCUGAAUAUCAGCCGAGAUGUUCAACGAGAACUUCUCCUUCGGAUCGUCCCCGCACCCGAGCUCCCUUACAUUCAAUGUUGAAGAGUGUACUUCGGCAGAGAUCUCUCCCUUUACAUCACGAUGCUCAUCACCGCAUUCUUCACAAGCACCUGCGGCUCGUCGAGACUCUCGCUUCGACGCAUACAGAUCUGCGCCUCGACAUCCCUCCAUUACCGCGUUGACGGCACAGCUACAAUCCCAAGCGUUAACCGACACCGAGAUGCGUUCCCCCUCACCGUCCCUCAGUGACACGGCCUCGCCUUCCGACUCCACGACACUCGACGAUGAAGGGUACUGCGAAGGGCCAGAUACACCCGCGACGACGGUAUCUGACUUGUCCUACGACUCCAGUGAAAUUGAUCCGACACUAUGGGAUCUUUCGAUGUCGGACACAAUGGUGGCUACAUCAUCACCUCGGCCCUCACUUUCUCUUGAAGCACAAGCAUUAUCUUCAUACACAAUGCGUCGACGGCAGCGGCAGGCCCUGGUGCGACUACAAUGCUUGGCGACACGGACACCAGACCUGGCCAUGCUCAUCGAAGAGUGUCACCCGUCGUCAUUACCACUGGAGACGGCGAUCCUGAAGGCCUACAGUUCUUCUAAGGGGAGGAGUGACACCACCUGCAGCAUUUCUGGAGCAGGACCAUGCGGAAAUGCGACAAGCUCGGGCCGGAUAGAGAAGGAACGGAGUGUCGCCCUGGCUACGGUGAGGAGGGCACCGCGAAUGAGGAAAAGGACUAGCUGAGGCUGGGCUACGAUAAACACAGAUGGCUGGACAUGAGGGGAUGGCGUGAUACCAAUACCACGGGCUAAACAGGAGCUGUAAUGGAACACAUGAUUCAAGCACAUGCUGGCUGUUCUCCUCUUUCGAUGUCGAUUCAUAUUGCUUCCCAGUCUUUGUUCCGAGACAAAUGACCUCUGGCGAAAAGCCACAGAAAAUCAAUUAUGAGGCAAAAGCAAGCGAGGUUUGAUUUUGAGGAACUAACGUGGCCAGCCCGGCGGAUCACCUCCCCACCGGCUGGCAAAGCUUCGUCCUGGCCUAAGGUCAAGGGUUUGGUCAGGGGUUAUACGCCGCAGUUCACCGCCGAUGGCAGGGGCAAGGCAGGAAAAUACGAGGCAUGAAGCACAGCUGGUCAGGCACUCAUCGGCAGUUAAGACGAGCAUCCCCCGGCCAUGUUCCAGACCCAAGGAAAAGCAACAUGAGGUGAUUGCCAUAAAGAACUUUCCAGCAAGCCUCCUUUCAGCAGGAGUCCGUCCCCAUAUUCCGAGAAAGCAUCACACGAGCAAGGCAAACCAUCGACUUUCCAAGCAUACCGGCAAGGCAUAACUGUUUGGCUGUUCCGUGAUGCGUGUUUUUGUACCUGUAGUGUGACAGAGCCCGCUUCCUUUCAACAACACGUCCUCAAGGAGAAAGUCGGUCCCUCGCAAUCUGGCUCCGGCUGAGAAAGAUUUGGACAAAGUCGCCGUGGCGUGACGGUUUGGGGUCGCUUCGGGAGGCUUGUUUUGUGCGGCGGCGACAACACCCGGUUCGAAUUUUGCGGUGGAUGAACGGGGCGGCCUCGAUGAAUCUGCCGAGUCGCAAGAGUGCGGGUUGUCGACGGGCAGCGAGAUGCCGUCCGUGAUGAAGAGACAAGAGAUAUCUUGACUCGAAAGGCGGAACACUUUGGUAUCUACUCGGUAUGUGUUUAGCGUGGGACGGCCUUCCGAGCUGCCUGUCUCCCAAGCGAGGCUCCCAUUCAGGUAAUCCGGACUCACCUUUAUACCUGCGAAAGUUGCACUCUCCCCGUGAUACUUCCUCGCCUGCUUGCCAAUGGAAGCUAUGCGAACUACUAGAAAGUACGCGGUAUAUAGCCAGCAGUUUACUAGGUACUUGGAAUCAAGCCGCGAGCUAUGGUCCCGGUCAUGACAAUCGACACGGCUGCAGGCCAUGUUCUUUUCUCCAACUCCGCGCCAGAGACCCCGGAGACCUUUACGCCUCUCAUACCUGCAACAGAGUAAAUCCUUUUUGCAUUUCCAAAUGUACCUACUUGUAGGUAUGCUAUUUGCGUGGCGGAAUACUUGAUCCUCUCCCACAAGUCUACACCAGGCCUCGAAUCACCCAGCGCCCCCAAGAUGCGGAACGCGGGGUGGGCAGUGAACACAAAGAUCCGAGGGAUCUCAGCAAUGCACCACCAGCGUCGAGGCCCCUUUGGUCACGAGCCCCGAGUCCGAGUCCGAUUUCGAGUACGUAGGCAUCGGGUUGGACGAUGGAUCCCCUCCACGAUUGACGAUUUCCAAGCAAAAACGCUGCAGGUUACGCGGUUGGGAAAAGCACAAGCUUGCUAGCUGCUGGACUGUGUGGGGAGAUUGAAGAGGUCAUCGAUCGGGGCGUGAAUGUACUUUACCUACUCUAGACAGGAGGUACGAGGACAAAUGGCCUAUCUGCCGCUGGCUCGCUGCAGAUGCCUGCAACGUGGGCUAGGUACAUGGCUAAUGAGUGCGUACCUCUGUGCCGAGUAGCUACCUGCCCUUGUACCUAGGUAGCUAGUCAUGAUACUGGGUAGGUAUGCCUACUUGUAGGCAGCCACAGUAGGUGGUUAGCUGGGUCGUUAGGGGCGCUACUCGGGUUUCGGCGUCAGCGAUGCGCCUUGGGCUGCACCACCUAUGAAUCUCCAUCACUAGCCCGUGUAACUCUCGACCUAACGCAUGAGAUCGUGU